CAUGGCCUCGCAGGUGCCCAUGGGGGAAUGCGCGGCUGCCCAUGCUGCCCUGGGCAGGGUCACCGCCAGGCACCGGCAGCUAGCGCUGCUCCUGGGCAGCGCAGCCGACUGCACUCAGCUGAGGAAGGAGCUGCAGGAGAGGGGCAAGGAGGCCCAGGAGCUCGGCAUGGGCUUGCGGCAGCAGCUGGAGGCUGGGCUGCGGCCCGUGCCUGGCCCCGAGGAGCAGCUGGAGCUCGAGCGCCUGUGGGUGCAGCUGCUGUCAGCACUGGAGCUCUUCCAGCAGGACCUGUGCAGAGCCCACCACCUCAGCCAGCUCUUCCCCCUGCAGGGCCACUGGCCACAGCCACUCCGCACAGGCGUUGCUGGCCGGGGCGGCGCUGGGGCCGUGUGGAGCUGGCGGCGGGUGAGCCGCAAGGGUGGCAGGAGCCGGGGCACAGAACAGGCGGGUGCAGGCCCCAGCCUGGAGGAGCGCAUGGCGCAGGUGGGGGUCAUGCUGACGGAGAUGGAGACCAGCCUCAACAUCCCUGUCUGGACUGUGGAGGCCACAGAGGCGGCCUGGGCUGAGUGUGGCUCCACUGGUGAAGCAGAGGGGACAGGCAGCGAGAUGCCGGGCAGAGAGAUCCCAGGCGGGACGGAGGCGCCCAGCCACUGCUGCACCAUCUCAUGA